CGCAUAUCUCUCGUUAGUGUCGAGAAACGUGAACACUAUGCUGAGCUCUUCGAUUUUCUGUUCUUGUUCCAAUUCUCUCUCUCCUUCCCUAAACUUCGCGGCAUCGCAGCAAGUUACAUUUCUCGCAGGCAAACAGGUUAAUUCUGGGCCUAAUUGUUCACUCUCCAGCAAAUUACCGUCGACUUCUUUGCAUAUUCGCGUACCUUCUCGUUCUGUUGUUCGUUCUACUGCUACGCAGGAGCUUGUUGAGACAACUUCAUCUGCUUCGGGUUUUGUUGAGACUGGUUACAUUUAUGGUGUUCAUGGACUCCAAGGAGAGGUUAGGGUAAAGCCAAGCACAGAUUUUCCCGAUCUGCGCUUUUCCAAGCCAGGGACUAGAUGGUUAAAACAACAAGUAUCAGGAACUGAAACUCUUCGAGAAAUUGAACUAGUGGAGGGCCGUGGGCACCCUGGACAAAGUUGGAUAGUAAGAUUUAAUAACAUCGACACAGUAGAACAGGCACAAAAACUUGUUGGGUCGACUAUAUUGGUUACAGAUAAAGAUAGACCAGACUUAGAGGAAGGCGAGUUCUAUACUCAUGACCUCAUUGGAAUGAAAGUUAUUCUCAAGGAAUCAGGGGAACCAAUAGGAGUUGUUGUUAAUGUUUUCAAUAGUGGCGCAAGCGAUCUUCUACACGUCAAGCUUAACUCAUUGAGGAAUAUUCAUGACAAGAUUGGGAAGUCAAAAAUUGGGCAAGGUGAUUCUGGUCCACUAGUGUGGGUUCCGUUUGUUGAAUCAAUUGUUCCAACUGUUGAUUUGGAAAAAAGAGAAAUGUUAAUUACACCUCCAAAGGGGCUCCUGGAGUUAAAUAUUCGCUCCGAUGAGAGAUCCAAGAAAGAAAGACGUGAGCAUGAAUGGAAAGAAAGAAAAAAGUUCCAAAGACGCUUGGUAGCAGCAAAAAAGAAACUGUGUGAAAUGGAACAGGAACAUGUGUUUCAUGGGUUUAGAUAUGGAGAUAAAGAUCAAAGGGGCUUGCUUGCAAAUCAAAUAGUAACUGUAAAUUCAAAAUUGCUGCAACAGGCUCUACAAACUAUUGAGAUCCCCUUGACGAGGCCAAAUCUGCUCAAUUUUUUGAGUGCUGUGCCAAGACUAAACACUGUAAGAGUAUCUGGGAAUCCCUGGUCUGCUGGAAGCGGGAAGUUGUCUGAUCCAAAUUGCAAACUGCAAAGGGAGGGUAACCUUUUGACUUCAAAUGGCAAAGUUGCCAUAUUUUUAGUAUUGGAUGAAAUUGGAGAGAUGAAAAGGAGUUCUGAUGCCAAUCUUGUUAACUCCGAAGGAAAUGACAAUGCGUGUCUGAUUGGAAAAGCAUUACUGGAUCAUAUUGGAUUUGUUGAGAUCAAAGACCGCUUAGCUGUGCCUCUCGUAUUGGUUUCUUCUGCUGAUUUAGUCGGUUGUCUUCAAGAAUUGUUCUCAAAUCAUGACCACUAUUCAUUUGAUCCCGAAAAGGUCUGGUUUUUGGAAGAAGAGAAGCUUCCUGUUGUUAGUAGCUCUCUUGGAGGGUAUGGCAAGCACAAGAUAUUGAUGAAGUCGCCUUGGGAAUUCCUCCAAAGACCAAUUGGAUCUGGAGGGCUGAUUAGCUUACUUUCAUCCCAGGACUCAUUAUUAGAUCAACUUGGUGAACUUGGCGUGGAGUAUAUCCAGGUUCUGAAAAGCAAUAAAAACCGCAGAAACGACCACAAGGUUGUCGGCCUUGUUGAUUCGUGCAAAGCAAACGUGGGAGUUGGUCUCUUCAAAGAUAUCACGUCGGAAGAAGAUUUUGAUGUGGUAUUGUCCAUGAGUUUCUUGAGGAAGUUGGUGAAGCAGAUGAACAAACUUCAGUUUGAAGCUGUUCUUACUUGUAAUUCAUAUGUGGAGAAGGUUGACAAGGAGUGGGUUGAUGUCGUACCCUCUUCUCCCAAUUCUUACGAGUUUCAUUCUUCUAUUUAUAACUGCUUGAAUGCUACGCCUAUCAACAAGGUUUGUGUAUUGGAUUCUACUGAAUAACGUAUUGAUGAUGUAUUUAUACACCUCAUAUGUAGCUAUGAAAGCUCAAAGUCGUAUGAAAUCUUUGUUCUUUGUAUGCA